AUGUGCAUUCUCAUGGUGGGUUUAGAUGCUGCGGGAAAGACCACCGUCCUGUACAGACUAAAGCUGGGUGAAAUCGUGACCACCGUUCCCACUACAGGUCUCACCUUUGUGGUUGACGGCAAUGACAGAGAGCAUGUGAACGAGGCCCGUACGGAGCUAACGAGGAUGCUGGCAGAAGACAAGCUCUGGGACGCCAUUCUCCUCAUGUUUGCUAACCAACAGGACCUCCCCAAUGCCAUGAAUGCAGCCGAGAUCACCGACAAGCUGGGUCUACACUCUCUGCACCACAGGAACUGGUACAUUCAGGCCACCUGUGCCACCAGCGGGGACGGGCUCUAUGAGGGACCGGACUAG